AUGAUAGUUGUCCUCGAGGCGAUACCGCUAUUGACGGUGUUCUUCGGGACAUUCGCUAUUAGUCUCCGCUACCUAUACAACCAUACCCUCAUACACCUGUAUCUGCCCCGAGACAAGCUGAAGAUUAAUGACCAAAUAACCAAGUGCAACCAAGAGAACGGCACCGAUCUUCCCUUGAUCGACCUGGAGCUGCCAGUGAGAAGCCAAGGGCCACUUCCUCCUCGCUAUAUGCUUAAGGAUAAGAUCGUGGCGCUUAUAUUUGCGUUGACGAUGGCGCUUCUGGUGUUAUUUAUCGUGCUCAUGAUGUGUGAGCUCACGGGCUUUUUCAAGGAGAAGACUCGGUUGGUGUUGUUUCAACUUACUAUCGACUGUCUCAUCUUCAUGCUCCUGCUAGUGGUGCCGUGCUUGAUCAUUCUGUUGUUUUUCCAUAAGGAUAUUGUGCCGCAAAACAUGUGGCGAUUCUUCCUCUCCGCCACAGUGUUAGGGUCAUGGUUCUUCGCCUUACACAAGUGUGGAGAUAUGACCCGUCUGUUUAACCCAAGAAACGUCGAGUACCUGACGAGAUCAUUCAUUGAAAAACAGAUUACCGAGAUUUCGUUGGCAGGUAUCACCACCCUUGCGAUAUUAUCGGGUAUUGGUAUCACGCUGACUCCCUGGCGGAUUUGGAAUGACCGGUGGGCAGUUAAAAAGGAAGUCACUGCUACUGAGUUAUGGCACCAGAUCCAGGCGUAUAACCAAACCUCAGCCAUUUUGACUCAGCGGGAACACCGGCUUGACUCGUUGGAUGAGAAGUCUCCUGGACCUUCCUCUCCACGCCCAGGUUUGUUGAGCCGUGUCCAAUCAUUUGCCAGUCUUCUGGGGUUUAACCUGGAAGAGAAAGAGCUUGCACUUGAGAUCAAAUCGUUACGCAAUGUUCAAGUGGCACUUGCCUCAGAGCUUCAAGCCAAGCUCCAGCAAUUCUGUGCCAAGCCUACCCCGCAAUUUAUCGUGGUGUACCGCUAUGGGUUCUGCUUAUACUGCUUAUACCGGUUGAUCAAUGUAUUAUUGAUUCAGAUGCCCCUCCAAUUAUGGCGGGGCCAAGGCGGUGACCAGCGAGAUGCGUUGGCGGUGACGCUUGCCAAAGUGGCGGUGCUGAUGUGGCCUAAAACUAAUGAGGACCAGCUUGUGACUCUGCUUUCUUUCAUUUUGUCAGGGCUGCUAUUCUUGUGUUCAUUUAAUAACGUCGUGAUUACGUUCACGCUGUUUUCGCGAUACUUACCCCUCAUGUCGCUGUCGCUGAUGAUGGUGAAGAACUGGUUCAAACACUUGGCCAUUGCUGAGCUCGUAGGGAUCUACGUCACUGCCACCGCCAUCCUUAUCCGCACCUAUUUGCCCCGCACGAUGUCCCAUCAAAUUUCACAAAUCCUCCUGCUCUCAGGACGCACCAAGUCGCUGGCGGCCCAGACGAUAUCUGAGAUCAGAUUCAUGGACCAGUGGUUCGACGUGGUGUUCGCCAUCAGUUGUGUGGUGACCAUCGGCGCCAUCUGGAUACGAUACCAAAUCGUCGAGGAACCUUAUGAUGAGGAGCUGUUAAUAGAAACCGCCAAGGCAAUUUAA